AUGAACAUUGCAGAACAUAGACAUAAUCUGCAUGGUCCAAGUUUUUAAGAAACUUGCUGUUCCUCUGAAUUGAUGGUGGUGGGGACACCUGAAGCUUUUUAAAUCCUAUAAAACAAAGCCCUCCAUCAACAAGCUCCCCAAGUUCCACUUGAAGCAUCCUUUUUCCUUCCAAGAGCCUGCCUGCAAGUUUCCAAAAAACAUUGGCCAUGCAGCCUGAUGAAAUUACAAGUCUCCACUAUCUUUUUUCAUCCACCCCAUCCCUAUAUUCUUCUCAAUUUAACAUGUCCCAGGACAACACAAACAUGAUGCAUCUUAAUCAGUUUUCUAAUCCAUUAUCAAAAUUUCAAUAUCCUUCUCAGGUGCAAGAUAUGAACCUACCAUCCUUCAGCAGUAACUCGACUUCUGACGAAGCAGAAGACCAACAACUAAGCCUCAUCAAUGAGAGGAAACAGAGGAGGAUGAUAUCCAAUAGAGAGUCUGCACGCCGAUCGCGAAUGCGCAAGCAAAAGCAUUUGGAUGAGCUGUGGUCUCAGGUCAUUUGGCUCCGAAAUGAGAACCACCAGCUAAUAGAUAAGUUGAACCAAGUUUCAGAGUCUCACGAUCGAGCUCUGCAGGAGAAUGCUCAGCUUAAGGAGGAAGCAUCUGAACUUCGCCAAAUGAUCACAGACUUCCAACUCCAUAAUCCUUACAACCUUGACUUGAGAGAUCUUCUCCAAGAAGUUACCUGCAGAAAAAGCUGUCUGAAGCAUGAAUCUUAGAUUAACUUUGUAUUAGUUUUCAAUCCUGCCAGGCUGAGCUAGAGGCAAAGUUUUUGAUUUAUUCUUUGCCAAUAAUGGUCCUCUUUAAUCUUUAUGUAGAUGCCAGGAAAUCUUUACCUACCUCUGAAGUUGUACGAAACUUUAGAAAAAUAAAAGGUAUUUUAGCCUUCCCUUUGAACUACUUCAUUUGUGAUCAUAAAAUUUUUCUGAAGCCAAUUUUAGAUUUUCAUUUGUUCCAUUGGUCAGUUAACAUGUAUAGUUAUUCUUAUUUCUUUGCCAUCUCCUUGGGCACAGUUAGGAUUUAUGAAGUUGGUUCAACCACCUUUUAAACAUUUAUAAAAUAUUCCACAAUUGUCCAACACCAGAUAAAAUUAUCAAUAGCAGAAAAGAAUUGUCUCCUGAACAGGACAUAACAAAA